AUGGCUUUCAAAUAUCAUUCAAUCGAAAACGCUUACAUCAACGGCGAACUCGACCAACGUGGUAACAAUAGACGUAGAACUCGUUAUUUCACUGAUGACGAUGACUCAGAUUUCCAUAAUUCAUGUUUCAAACUAUCAUUCAAAGAAGUGUUAUUAAUGUUGUUGUUGAUAUUUAUAAUGUUCGAAUUCAUGGUGCUUUCGUUGCCGUUGAUUGAUGUAAAAUCGAGUUCCCGAAACAACGAACAUGUGGGCUUAAUCACUGCGAAGCACGGUGCUGUCGCCUCGGAAUUAGAUGUUUGUUCGCACAUUGGGGUUGAUGUAUUAAAAGAAGGAGGCUCAGCAGUUGACGCAGCUAUCGCAACUGAACUAUGUGUAGGCUCGGUAAACGCAUUUUCGGCCGGGAUUGGAGGAGGAGGCUUAAUGAUGAUCCGGCUACCAAAUGGAACAGUCGAGAUGAUAGAUUGCAGGGAGUCAGCACCCGCGGGAGCCAGUCAGAAUAUGUAUGGGAGAAAUGAAACUUUGGCUGCGAUUGGGGGGCUAGCCGUAGGUGUACCCGGAGAGAUCCGAGGAAUGAAACUUGCACAUGAAAGACACGGAAAGCUACCCUGGAGAAGAUUGUUCGAGCCAUCAAUCAAGUUGUGUCGUGACGGAUUUCCCGUGGGCACAGAAUUAGCUUUGAGAUUAAAGGCGUACAAGUCAUUAAUGGAAACCGAUCCUGCCUUUCGAUCGAUUUAUGCACCAUCGGGUCGUAUCCUCGAAGAAGGUGAGAUGCUAUACCGAUUAAAUUUUUCUCGAUCAUUGGAGAUCAUUGCGAAUAAUUACACUGAAUUCUAUGAGGGUUCAAUCGCCAAAUCUUUAAUUAGGGAGAUAAAUUCGAGAGGAGGGAUAAUGACAGAACAUGAUUUUGCAAAUUAUCAACCGGUUAUGCGGAAACCUCUCGUUGGAUCUUAUCGCGGACGAAAAAUCAUAACAUCACCGGAACCGACAAGCGGAGCUGCAUUGCUGUUUAUGUUAAAUGUAUUGCAAGAAUAUGAGAUGUCGAAAACUGGAUUAAGUGGACUGGAUUUGCAAAGAAUUGUUGAAACUAUUAAAUUUGGAUUUGCACGACGUACUGAAAUGGGUGAUCCCAAAUACUUCGACGAUGCAGUGGAACAUGAACGACGCGUGAAAGAAAUUAUAUCAAAAGAGUACGCGUCUAUUGUGAGGAGGAAUGUGUCGGAUAACCAUACAUUUGGUCCUGAGUACUACCACCCGGUCUUUGAUUUCACCGAAGAUCAUGGCACCACGCACAUAUCAGUGGUGGAUGAAUCCGAGUUUGCGGUGUCUUUUACUUCAACGAUUAACUUAAUAUGGGGAUCGCAAGUGAUGGAUCCGAUCACAGGUAUUAUUUUAAAUGAUGAGAUGGACGAUUUCUCAAUACCUGGUAAACCGAACGCAUUUGGAUUAUGGCCUUCACCGUAUAAUUUUGUUGCUCCCGGGAAACGACCAUUAUCAUCAACUGUGCCUACAAUUGUAGAGAGAAACGGAAAAUUUGAGUUGGCGCUCGGUGGUAGCGGUGGCACACGUAUACUUACCGCCGUAUUACAGGUUUUGUUGAAUGUGUAUGAUUAUGACAUGAAUAUUUUGCAAGCUAUAAGUUCUCCUAGAGUGCAUCAACAAUUGUUACCCAAUGUGUUGGGAAUGGAAAGUGGAUUUAAAUAUGAAUUGAUAAAUAGGCUGUUGGGUAUUGGGCACGUUAUACAAUUGCAUAAUAUAGAAGAUAGGACCUUUUCAUGUCAGGUGCAAGCCGUCAGAAAAUUUGAAAAUGGAACUGUUCACGCUGCAAGCGAUUUUAGAAAGACUGGACAGGCAGCCGGAUAUUAA